GUUUACCUCUACCAUGGCUCAACGUCUGCAGUGGCGCGUUGGUAUAGGACUCUUUAGUGGAUAGCGCAUCAAGGCGAAAAGAUCACCGCUUGGGCCGGACAACCCCCUUUCCAAAACAACAACAAAUCCAAAAAAAGGGGGAAAUUUUAUUUCAUGUUUUUAUUUGGUGCCUCUUUCUAAUAAACAAACUUCGUCCUGAAAGUGAAACGCCCCGGUGGUGCUCCUCCUCAUUAAACUGGUGCUGCUCUUUCGUCCCCUUCGCCAAGACAGGAAGUAAACUUUGGUGGAAAAAGUUUUAUACUAAUCCUCAUUCGCGGUCUCUUCUCGCUCAAGUUCUCGCGCUAUGGAAACAAAAUAACACAGAAGGAUUUAAGUCGCAGAUGAUCCAUAAUCCGAGGAUUUGUAUAAAACUUUUUUUUUAUUUGUAAGCUGGCCACCCGUCCCUUUGGAAGCUGUCUUAAAAAGAUAAGUUGAAGUCUCAAUCUCUUUUACUUAGCAUAGAACAAUUCAACUCUUUUUCUCAUUCUAUCUAUCUCUAUCUAUCUUUUUCACUGAUUAGCUCAAAUUAAGAAAAAUUUCAGAAGGAAAUAAGAGCCACGUGACAACAUUAGCUCUUUUAUACGAAGAAUAAUAUUCUCAAAGUGCACUCUAAUUAGAUAACUAGUGCUCAAUUCAAUAUCUAUUUAUUGUAGUCCAGCAUUUAGGAGUAUUUACUAAUUCAAAGCGCAAACAUAGCAAUUGUUUCUUAGCAUGUUUAGAUCCGGCCAUGAGAAAGAUAUAUAAAUAUUAAGCAUUUGAACUAGUGAAAGCUAUUGCCAUUUCCCAUUAUAAAGAUUUAUUUAUUUUUAUUAUUCAUUGAAUCAGCUUUCUGUGCCAUGCCCAAAAUAGGCCAUCCGGGCAGCAGGCUGGUAGAGGACUUUAAAAUAAUAAGUGUGAACCACGUGCCUGUGUCUUCUGGUGCUGUCCAAUGGCACCGGUAGUUCUAACCUCAGAAUUUAGCCAACGUAGUUCUUCUACAGCCAGACAUGAAGACCGUCAGUAAAUGGUUAUUACCACCUGUGAAGCACCGUCGUUUAAGUUGUGUUCGUCCUACUUUAGUGCACUUACGACUUACUAGUGAUUCAGUUUCCUCGGAAUGAUCAGACGUCGGACUCGAAAACCAACAAACUAUCUUUAUUCAAUUUUUAGUACUUUACGAUGAUAAGAAUAGGAUUCCAACUGAACGCCAAUUUAGUGAGAAGUCCGUCAUCAGCUCUCUCCCACUAAGGUCGCUACUGUGGCUUCAGUGGCGACCAUCACGGACACACGUAGUCCACCGUUUGAGAACAAGAAGGGUAAGACGUAGCACGAGCCCUCAUUUGGAGAGCUAAAGUGAUCUGUGAUGUCCGCCGACGACCAGUCCGACGAAGAGGUGGUUCCUAUAUUCCGUCCCUUCACAAGAGAGUCUCUCGCGGCCAUCGAGGCCCGAAUAGCUGAAGAAAAAGCACGCAAAGAGCAUGCGAAUAAAGGAGAAGAUGGAGAGGACCACGCCGAGCCAGUUCAUCAUCAAGGCAUGGAUGAUGAGGGACUGGAGGCUGAUCCCAACCUGGAAGCCGGUAUGCCUUUGCCUAAAUACCUGCUCAACGUGCUCACGCCGGAGGUCACGGCCACGCCCCUUGAAGACAUUGACAAGUUCUACGAAAAUCAGAGGACAUUCGUAGUUGUUAGUAAAGGAAAAGACAUCUUUAGGUUUAGUGCGACCAACGCCCUGUACCUGUUGAGCCCUUUCAAUCCAAUCCGUCGAGUGGCUAUUUACUUACUGGUCCAUCCUGUCUUCAGCUUCUUUGUCAUUACCACGAUCCUCACUAAUUGCAUACUCAUGACAUUUCCUAGUAACCCUACAAUUGAAGCAUCAGAAAUUUGGUUCACUUUAAUAUAUACUUGUGAGUCCAUCAUCAAAAUGUUAGCUAGAGGAUUCAUUCUAGAAUCCUUCACAUAUCUUCGGGAUCCUUGGAAUUGGCUCGAUUUUGUAGUUAUUUCUUUAGCAUAUACCACAAUGUUAGUAGAUUUAGGAAACCUCAGCGCCUUGAGAACAUUUCGCGUAUUUAGAGCCUUAAAAACGGUAGCUAUUGUUCCAGGUUUAAAGACCAUCGUAGGAGCUGUUAUUGAAUCUGUAAAGAAUCUGAAAGAUGUGAUUAUCUUAACAUGUUUUUCUCUGUCAAUAUUUGCCUUAUUAGGGUUGCAAAUUUAUAUGGGUGUUUUAACGCAUAAAUGCAUAAAAGUCACGCCGUGGCAAGAAGAAAAUCUUCAAGAAGUAAUUACUACACCAGAGUUUAAAGUUUAUGCAGAUAAUAUCUCUAAUCAAUAUGUUUUGGACGGUCAAUACGAACCAAAACUCUGUCGACCAAAUGCAGGCCUGUGUCCGCCAAAUUACACAUGUCUGCAGGGUUUCGGAAUGAAUCCAAAUUAUGGGUACACGAACUUUGAUACGUUUGGUUCUGCUCUGCUCUCUUCUUUUCGAUUAAUGACACAAGACUUUUGGGAAAAUUUAUAUCAGUGUAUAUUAAUAUGUGCAGGUCCGUGGCACAUGUGUUUCUUCGUUGUGAUAAUCUUCUUAGGUUCCUUUUAUCUAGUUAAUUUAAUUUUGGCCAUUGUCGCCAUGUCAUACGACGAGCUACAGAAGAAGGCAGAAGAAGAAGAGGAGGCUGCAUUAGCUGAAGAAGCAGCUAUGCAAGCCGAAGCAGCAAGAUUGUUAGAGGAAGAAGAAGCGAAGGAUAGAGAGAGGCGGGGAGAAGGUGUAGUAAAAAGUCCGUCUGACCUAUCUUGUAAUUCUUACGAAUUAUUCGUUGGUCAAGAAAAAGGUAACGAAGAGAAAGAUUCCAAAGAAAGAGGAAGUAUACGAAGUGCUGAAGGAGAAAGCAUUUAUGAAAGGGAACAAAAAGCUAGAAUAAAUAACAAGAUGAGAAAGGCGAGUCUAAGUCUUCCUGGGUCACCCUUCAACAUCCGGCGGGGCAGUCGUGCAAGCCAGUUCAGUUGCAACUGGCGAAACGGCCGACGUUACGGGGACCGGAAACCCCUGGUCUUACAAACGUUGGUCGAUGCUCAAGAACACUUACCCUAUGCCGAUGACAGCAACGCUGUGACGCCUAUGUCCGAAGAAAACGGAGCAAUCAUUAUUCCUGUUUAUACUAAUUUACCUCAGCAUUCCAGCUACACAUCACAUUCUUCUAGAAUAUCUUACAAUUCGCACAGUGAUAUCUAUGGAAAAGGAUUGACGAAGGAGAGCCAACUCAGGUCAAGAUCAAGGUUUCUCCUUGGACUUUACAACGAGGAGAUGGAAAAUGAUGAAUACAUGAUUCCAAAGAACAAGCAGCCAGUCGAUCCUUUCAUGGAUCCAGGAGAUCCCAGAAAAAGAUUAGACAUGAAAGAUGUUAUGGUGCUAAACGACAUAAUAGAACAAGCAGCUGGGAGACAGAGUAAAGCGAGUGAAAGAGUGUCCGUCUAUUAUUUUCCAACAGACAGAGAGGAGGAAGAGGAAGAGGAAAAGCUAAAGUUUAAAGAGCGUUGCUUGCCGUAUUGCCUGAAGUGUAUAGACGUUUGCUGUAUUUGGGAUUGCUGCACGUGCUGGAUUUAUUUCCAGGAGUUCUGUUCCAUCAUAGUUUUCGAUCCAUUUAUGGAACUUUUCAUCACACUCUGCAUCGUAGUGAACACUCUCUUUAUGGCAAUGGACCAUCACAAUAUGAAUCCAGAUUUCGAAGCUUUCCUGAAAAACGGCAACUAUUUCUUCACAGCAACUUUUGCUAUAGAAGCUGGGAUGAAACUAAUAGCAAUGAGUCCAAAAUAUUAUUUUCAAGAUGGCUGGAAUAUAUUUGAUUUCUUUAUAGUAGCUUUAUCUUUGUUAGAAUUAUCUUUAGAAGGUGUUCAAGGUCUGUCAGUAUUAAGGUCAUUUAGGUUGCUAAGAGUUUUUAAAUUAGCUAAAUCUUGGCCAACAUUGAAUUUACUCAUCUCCAUCAUGGGCAAGACUGUAGGGGCCUUAGGAAAUUUAACUUUUGUUUUGGGUAUAAUCAUCUUCAUCUUUGCCGUCAUGGGGAUGCAACUUUUUGGUGAUAAUUAUAGAAACAAUAAAGAAAGAUUUCAUGAUCAUGAAGUUCCGAGAUGGAAUUUCACUGACUUCAUGCACUCCUUCAUGAUUGUAUUCCGCGUCCUCUGUGGCGAGUGGAUUGAAUCUAUGUGGGACUGCAUGGUCGUUUCCGGGUGGCCUUGUGUUCCUUUCUUCCUAGCCACUGUUGUUAUAGGUAAUUUAGUGGUGCUGAAUCUUUUUCUUGCUCUUUUACUGUCUUCAUUCGGUGCCUCAAACUUAUCCCAAGCUCCUGCCGGAGACGAUACAAAGGGGAUAGCAGAAGCCUUCAAUCGGAUUGGUCGAGCAAAAAGAUGGGUUAAGAACAAGUUAUUAGGACUUUUAAAAGGUUUACGAGCCAAAGUAACGAAUCAAAUUUCCGACCACACGGAAAGUGGCGAUGGUGAAGACAUGCCACCCUCCCUCAUGGUUGACGGGCAAGUGCCAAGUAAAGAAAAGAAAAGUCCUAAAGAAAAAACAGAACUAGAAAUCGCUCUCGACGGUUAUGAACUAGGUUAUCAAGAAGAUGGAAAAGCAAUAAAAAUAAAAAAUAAGAGCAAUUCGAUGGUUAAUUCAGUGAGAAUGGGAGAUAAAGUUCAACCAAAAGACAACAAAGAAAUGAAGUUGUUUUUGCAGGAGAAGGAAGUGUUUGGGAACAAAAUACAUCCGCAAAAGGAUGAGGACAAUCUGAGUAACAACAAGGAGAAAGAGGUAAUUACAGAGAAACCGUCCAGUCGUCACUCUUCUUCUCCAAAUGAUACUACCGAUGACGAAAAGAAAGACGCCAGCAAAGAAGAUCUCGGAGACGAUGUGAUGGCUGGGACAGACAUCGCUCCUCAAACAGAAGGUGACGUUGACGACGACAAGCUGGAAACUAAUACCGCUGAUGUCAUUAUUGCCGAGUACCCGGCAGAUUGCUGUCCAGAUACUUGUUAUACAAAAAUCGCUUGCUGUGCGGAAGAAGCACAUCCUGAAUUCUGGUCUCAAUGGAAGGAAUUACGAGGGAAAAUGUUCAUUCUUAUAGAAGAUAAAUAUUUCGAAACCAUAAUCAUUACUAUGAUUAUGAUAAGUAGUUUGGCCCUCGCAGCUGAAGACGUAAACAUCGGGAAAAGGCCAAUGUUGCAAGCAUUUCUUACAUACAUGGACAAAGUAUUUACCGUCCUAUUUUUCAUCGAGAUGAUAAUAAAAUGGAUAGCUCUCGGUUUUAGAAAGUAUUUUACAAACGCAUGGUGUUGGCUUGAUUUUGUAAUCGUCCUGGUGUCUCUGAUCAAUCUAUUAGCUUCUGAAGUUGGGGGAGGAAAUAUACAAGCCUUCAAGACCAUGCGUACACUUCGUGCUCUGAGGCCAUUAAGAGCACUUUCGCGAUUUCAAGGAAUGCGGGUGGUAGUAAAUGCCUUAAUUCAAGCCAUACCAGCCAUCUGCAACGUAUUAUUAGUAUGUUUAAUAUUUUGGUUGAUAUUCGCAAUCAUGGGAGUUCAACUUUUCGGUGGAAAAUAUUUUUACUGCACAUCAGACGGCACCCCAGAUGGAAAAUUUAAUAUCACAGAAAUCAAUGAUAAAGACACUUGUUUAGCAAAAAAUUUCACCUGGGCAAACUAUGCCAUCAACUUUGAUAAUGUAUUAAAUGCCUACUUGGCUUUGUUCCAAGUGGCAACAUUCAAAGGAUGGAUAGACAUCAUGUAUUGUGCUGUAGAUACUAGACAAGUUGAUGAACAACCCGACGAAGAAGGGAAUUUGAUGAUGUAUUUAUACUUCGUCUUAUUCAUUAUCAUUGGUUCAUUUUUCACUCUGAACCUAUUUAUUGGAGUAAUCAUUGACAAUUUCAAUGAACAAAAGAAAAAGGGGGGAUCUCUCGAGAUGUUUAUGACGGAAGAUCAAAAGAAGUACUACAACGCAAUGAAAAAAAUGGGUGACAAGAAACCCGUUAAAGCAAUCCCUAGACCUAGAUUCAAACCACAAGCAAUAGUUUUCGACUUGACUACCAACACCAAAUUCGAUAUGGCGAUCAUGUUAUUUAUUGGCAUGAAUAUGAUAGUUAUGGCAAUGGACCACUACCAAAUAGAAGACGGAUUGAAUGCGGUGCUUGACAGACUCAACGUCUUUUUCAUCGCCGUUUUCACAACUGAAUGCGUGCUCAAAAUAUUUGCUUUCCGAUGGCAUUAUUUCAAGGAGCCGUGGAAUGUAUUCGACUUUGUAGUGGUUAGCCUAUCUAUCUUAGGUGUUGUGUUGAAAGAUUUAAUCGAGAAAUAUUUUGUAUCUCCAACACUCCUUCGAGUAGUCCGUGUAGUCAAAGUAGGCCGUGUGCUUCGAUUGGUAAAAGGAGCACGUGGAAUUCGGACACUACUAUUUGCACUUGCCAUGUCAUUACCUGCCCUUUUCAAUAUUUGUCUCCUGCUUUUCUUAGUAAUGUUCAUCUACGCCAUUUUUGGCAUGUCUUUCUUCAUGCACGUGAAACACCGUUACGGCAUAGAUGAGAACUUCAACUUUGAAACAUUUGGCCAGUCCAUGAUUCUCCUGUUCCAGAUGUCCACUUCUGCUGGCUGGGACGGAGUAUUGGCAGGCAUCAUGGCGGAUGAAGACUGUGAUCCUCCUGACCCCGAUAAUGACGUUCCCGGUAGCUGCGGAAGCAGGGGAAUUGCAGUCGCUUAUCUAGUCACCUAUCUAAUCAUUAGUUUUCUGAUCAUCAUCAACAUGUAUAUUGCUGUCAUUCUAGAAAACUACAGUCAGGCAACAGAGGACGUGCAAGAGGGACUGACAGCAGAUGACUACGACAUGUACUAUGAGAUAUGGCAACGUUUCGAUCCAGACGGUACCCAAUUUAUCAAGUACGAGUAUUUGAGCGACUUCCUGGAUGCUUUGGAAGAGCCACUGCAGAUCCCGAAGCCUAACAAGUACAAAAUCAUUUCGAUGGACAUCGCCAUCUGCAAAGGAGACCUCAUCUUCUGUGUCGAUAUUUUAGAUGCGUUGACGAAGGACUUCUUCGCAAGGAAAGGUCACGUCAUCGAGGAGAAUGCUGAAAUCGCUGAAGUAGUGCCUAAUAAAGAUCGAGGUGGUCUAGAGGCAAUCAGUAGUACACUGUAUAGACAGAGAGAAGAAUAUGCUGCACGUGUUCUCCAGCAAGCCUUUAAACGCCUAAUGGGCAUGAGUAGUUCAGAACCUAAGCCCCAACAAACUGCCAUCGUGGUUGAGAGCGAUGGACACGUGACCAAGAAUGGACAUAAGGUCGUCAUUCACUCUAGGUCUCCAAGUGUCACUAGCCGCUCCACAAAUGUGUGAUAAUUACUGAAUACGGGCAUUCGGGCAGGGUUAUAUACCUUUUAAGGCUUUGUACACAGCAAAUGACAGCAGGCUUGCUCUCUCUGAGCUCAAAUUGAGCUCGAACCAAAGGGGCUGCAUGAAGCGUAUAUUUUUAUAUUGUAUAUGCAGAGGCUCACUAACGUCUGCUUGCAACACGUGUACUUGGUUCUCUAAACCAACGUUUUCCAAUGUUAUUUUUCUAACAAUUAGUUUACACUAAUUAUCUAUUUACACUAAAUGUAAAUACGCAAGAAAAGUCUAUGCUAAGGCUAUCAUAGUAUUUGUUGCCAGAAAAAAAGUAUAUAUAAUUUUAAUACUGAGUUCUGAUUUUAAGUGGUAUGUAAAAAAAGCUAGUCUGAUGUAGUUCAUUAAUUUAUUUUUAAAAAUAUUUGAAGCCAUGAAAGCUUUUAUUGUUAAAGUUUUAGCAAAUAACACGAACUUCAUGGAAUGUGUAAAAGUGGCACAGAAGAGUGCGGAAGUGUGUAGAGCUGUGUCAAAGGAGAAGCCGCUAUUUGGCGGAAGAAAGAAACUGUUUACCUACUUUUUUGGUGAUAGUAUAUUUUGAAGCUUCCAAAUCCAUUUCGAGCUCUUUCCAGAUAUCCGUGAAAGAGAGUGAGUGAAAAAUAUAUAUACAAGGGGGUUACGUAUAGAAUGUCAAACAAACUAUACCGUUUGUUUGUUCCUAAGAAAUAUGUAGGAUAUAUCGUUUGUUGACCAAUCCGUUGUUUGUUGAGUUGACUAGCUUGUUCAUUAGUAUAAUAUUCUAGAUAAAUUGUUUUGAAUAGGCCACUGCGAGCUAAUGAGAGAGCAUAGGUUAUUUUUUUAAUUCAUAAGACUGCACUCAAGUUCGGAGAAUGAUUAGGACUUGUUGUUUUAUUGUUGCCUUGUGCAUUAACUAGCACCUGGACUUCAACGAAGUUUAAAAAAAGAAGUGUGAUAGACAAGUCAAAGAGAGCGGAGCAAGUGAAAAUGUCAGAGCACAAAUCAACAUCCGUUUAAAAGUACAGUAUAUAUAAGUAUAUAUCACAAAUAUACAUGUAUGUACUUAACACUAAAACGGAGAUAUCUCAUAGUGAUAAAGCCAUCGAUAUAGGAGUUCCUCAGCAGUUCUCUUUCAUGCUUCCCAUGAGUAGAAGCAGUAGCCUUUCACGUCUACAGAGGAACACCUAGACAGGAUGUCAUUUCAAGAAACGUGUGUAGAACACUUGUACAAACAGCAAAUAUAUAUUAAUCAGGGUUACAUACUGGGCAGGGGAGGAAUUGCCAACAAAUUUUUCAUGUCCUAUCUCUCUUUGCACACAGUAACUUUUAGGUGUAUAACACUCCAAGCUCAGUUUCUUGCCCUAUCCCUCGAGGACAGAAGAAGAAGGUGUGAUUUACGAGUGACGUAUGAAUACGUCAUGGCCUUUUCCGUCAGCCACUCAGGAGCAACCCCGCUCUAUUAAGAGGUUUCAUUUAUCAUGUGCCUUUCUGCGUUGUUAUUGCUGUCCCAUAAACAGCAAAGUCUUGCAUCAUAAAAUUCAGCAAACGGUUCGGAAUUGCUUAAAUUUAGCUUCUUUCCAAUCCUUAUUCCGGCACACCCGAACAUAAUACAUUAAUUUCUAUAGAAAGUCCAGAAUAAAUAAAUAAAUAUAUUAUAUAUAUACAUAUAUAUAACUAUAGCAAAAAAUGUCCGUGUACAUGUAUAUAUGUAUAAAUUGAUGAGUUGUUAAAUAUAUAUACAUAUACACGAAAAAAAAAUUUAUUCACGAGCUUAGUCCCACGUCCCGACUUGAAGCUCAUAUUAAAGUUAAUGAAACAGCACAUUGCUUUUUAGUAUUGAAAGCUCAAAGUUCCAUAAAACCUUUUAUUUUCCUUACAUAAAUGACCACUAAGAGUAGUAAUUAUGCUCCAUUUUGGUGCAAAAAGGAUAAAAAUAAUUAUCAGAAUUCGCUUCAAAACAAACAAACAUUGCGAACAUCUUUUUUUAAGAAAAAAUAAAUAAAAUCAAUUGUGGGGAAAUCUUACUUUUCAUAUUCUCAGUUGCCUUUGUCAAAGUUUUUCUCUUGUUUGAGAAAAAUAAAAUCUCGAAUAAAAACAAUCAUCAUAUUUCAUUGUAAAAUCACAAAAUUCUUGCAUAAAUUAAUCUCCUGUUAAAUCUAUUAGCAGGACUUAUAGCAUUUAGAAAUUAAUACCUAAACCCAAACUAGGAGAAUAGAUACUCCAAUUUAGGCCCUUUUAGCAUUACUGAAAAUUUACUAGCUUUCUUAAAAAAUAACGCCACACUCUGAAACAGCUGAAAACUGAUCUCCUCCAUCCUAUUUCUUAGAGAAAUUUUACGUUUAAAACAGCCUGAACUAUUAAAGAUUAUCCUCCAUUGUAUAUUCUGAAAUGCGCUAUUGGAAGAAAUAUUCCAUUGCAACGCUAAUAUUACUACUAAUACUACUACUACUACUAAUGAGAAGCUUCAAGAAGUUGACUCGCCAUUUCCAUUUUGAACACCAAGUUUCAAUCAUUUUUCUCAAUUCUGCCUUUUCAGCUUGUACUUACUUUGUAAGACGUUUUGAAUUUCACAGUUUGUACCAUACUGCCUGUAAAUACAUCAUUGAAUAAAUUUUUGAUAAUUUAUCACAACGAA